AUGAAGCUGAAGAUUCACUCGUCCCACCUUGGAAUAGAGGCGCGUCUGAGGCGUGCCCGUGAAUGUAUCUACUGGCCAGACUACUAUAGCAAUUUCUGGGAGGUGGACAGGCUGCCGAACACUAAAGCCAGCACCACCAUUCUGAAGCUAAAGAGUCACUUUGCUUGCUACGGUAUACCUGAUCAAGUGAUCAGUGACAAUGGGCCACAGUUUACAAGUGACGAAUUUGCUGAAUUCUCCAGAAAAUGGGAUUUUGAGCACCUUACCAUUAGCCCUGGAAAUAGCAAAGCCAAUGGCAAGGCUAAGUCUGGGGUGAAGACAGUCAAGCGCAUUCUGAAGAAAUCAAUCAGGGCUGGAACGGACCCAUACCUCGCCGUACUCGACUAUAGAAACACGCCGACACAAGGGAUGACGACCAGCCCAGCACAACGUCUGAUGAGCCAAAGGACCAAAACACUCCUUCCUACCACUCAAAGCCUACUACUACCCAGGACCAUAAACCUGGAAGUGGAAAAGAAAGAGCUGCCACAGCACCAGCAGGCCCAAGCCAAGUACUACAACCAGUCCGUAAAGGAUUUACCCAGUUUGUCUGAAGGCGAUGUUGUUAGAAUGAAGCCAUUCAAACUUGGAGAUAAGUCUUGGUGCAAGGCCAAAGUCACUGCAAGACUCGACAAGCGAUCAUACACCGUUGAGACGGAGCAGUCUACCUCCGAAACCGACAGCACCUGCGGAAAACGUCUGAACCACCAGUUGAACCCACCAUGA